GACCGCACGUCCCGCGUCCCACUAUAUUCAAAUAUGAAUAUCGAAUUCGAGCAGUGACAUCUAUAUUCUACUCACGAAACAGUGCUUUGUUAUACAGUGUGUUCGUUUUUUGAGUGUGUUGAAUAUUUAAUGCCACUGCGGUGGUAGCGUGUCGCGUUAUACAGGAACCCACAACCCUUUAAGGGUUGCCAGUAAAACGGCGUUCCACGCCAGCAUAGUCACGAUUGCCGGGACCAGCAGCGAUGUGCCCCCACACCAGAUUCAGCAGACUUGAGGACGACUACAUAGCAGUGAUGUGGAGGAGAGGGCAGAGCCGGUCGCCGUAGUAUACUGUGUGAGGGAGACGGGAGAUUAUCGAAAUGAAUCUCCUAAACAUGGACGCGGAGAACCGCGUAGUUCUCAACGUCGGGGGCAUCCGGCACGAGACAUACAAAGCGACGCUAAAGAAGAUCCCAGCCACCAGAUUAUCGCGUCUCACUGAAGCUCUGGCUAACUACGACCCAGUGCUCAAUGAAUACUUCUUCGACCGGCAUCCAGGUGUCUUUGCGCAAGUCCUCAACUAUUACAGGACGGGCAAGCUGCACUACCCCACGGAUGUCUGCGGGCCACUGUUUGAGGAGGAGCUGGAGUUCUGGGGGCUGGACGCCAACCAGGUGGAACCCUGCUGCUGGAUGACCUAUACGCAGCAUCGCGACACCCAAGAAACUCUGGCAGUCCUAGACCGUCUGGACCUGGACACAGAAAAGCCCUCUGAUGAAGAGGUGGCUCGAAAGUUCGGCUUCGAAGAAGACUACUACAAGGGCACUGUGUCCUGGUGGCAACAGCUGAAGCCGCAGAUGUGGUCGCUCUUUGAUGAGCCGUACAGCUCUAAUGCUGCCAAGGUCGUAGGCGUGAUAUCAGUGUUUUUCAUAUGCGUGUCCAUCAUAUCGUUCUGCUUAAAAACCCACCCGGACAUGAGAGUGCCAGUGAUAAAAAACUACACAGUGACAACCGCGAACCAAACGCAAAGCUGGGCACUGGACAAAGUGCAAACGAACGCCCACAUUGCGUUUUUCUACAUAGAGUGUGUGUGCAACGCGUGGUUCACCCUAGAAAUCCUAGUGCGCUUCAUAUCCUCCCCGAAUAAGUGCGAAUUCAUCAAGUCCUCGGUCAACAUCAUUGACUACAUCGCCACAAUGAGUUUCUACAUCGAUCUUAUUCUACAGAAAUAUGCUUCACAUGUAGAAAAUGCUGACAUCUUAGAAUUCUUCUCUAUUAUAAGAAUCAUGAGGCUGUUUAAACUGACGCGUCACUCGUCGGGGUUGAAGAUUCUGAUUCAGACCUUUAGAGCGUCAGCGAAGGAGCUGACUUUGCUAGUGUUCUUCCUAGUACUUGGUAUAGUGAUAUUCGCAAGUUUGGUGUACUACGCGGAGAGGAUACAGACGAACCCGCAUAAUGACUUCAACAGCAUACCGUUGGGGCUGUGGUGGGCGCUGGUUACCAUGACGACGGUGGGGUAUGGAGACAUGGCGCCGAAGACAUACGUCGGGAUGUUCGUUGGAGCAUUGUGCGCUUUGGCUGGUGUGCUGACGAUAGCCUUACCCGUUCCCGUCAUCGUGUCCAACUUUGCCAUGUACUACUCCCACACGCAGGCUCGUGCAAAGUUGCCCAAGAAACGGCGGCGGGUCAUUAACGUCGAGCCGACUAGGCCCCCGAUGCGUGCACCAGGUGUCCCAGGAGGUCCAGGCGGGGCAUUGCCCCCAGGAAUGGGACCUCAAGCGGUGAACCGCCGCAUGAACGCCAUCAAAACCAACCACCCUAAGGACAUCAUGGGACCUAAUAUGGUCGCAAGCCUGAUGCCGGGUCUGGACAUAUCAGUGACCACACGUCUGUCCCCGAGUCCUCGGGACAUGAGUCCGGCUCUGGCCAUAGCUCUCCCCAUGAUGAAGUCUGUCAACAUCGUCCCAGCCCAGUGCUUCGACAACAUGGCUUUCCACAGCGAGAGAGUCGAAGAUAAAGACAGUGACAAAGAAGAUACACUCAGCAAGCGUUCCAGUCAGCAAUCUCUCGAAAGCGAUAACACACUCAGAGUGAACAAUUAUAAGAACGGAUACAUGAAUAAGAAUGUCGACGAGAAAACUGAUUGCAGAACGCCGUUGCUUCGAGAUCAUAAGAUAGAAUCGCUGGAUGAGAACAAACUUAGGGAGAACAAAGCUGAGAAAAGAAAGUCAUCCGCUUCAACAUAACAGUAAAUAUUGUAAAUAAUAUUGCAACCGCUAUUCUAAACUUUAUUGGAUAAGGCUAUAGAGUAACAAGACAUAAUUAUAUUGCAAAUUGUAGAACUUGAAAUGGAUAUUAUUUAAGUGAACAAUUUGCAAUGAGUAGCCGUUGUUGCUCCAUCGCCUUAAUCUAUUGAGACCAAUAGAACUAAGAAUGCUUUAACUAAUGCAAGUAAGCUAAUACUCAUUCAUACCCUUAUACCGUGCAGAGCAUAACAACGUAUGGUAAACCAAACAGAGUAUUCAAACAUAUGUAUUGACUAGUAACUUAACCCUAUCUUUAAUUGCAAAAGUUUCGCGUAGUAUGAGAAACGACAAGCCUUCGUAUCCAGUGUUAAGCGUAGACUGUGAGAUUAACAGUAAGUAACAAAUAUCACCGAUGAAUUAAAAAAUAAAAUAAAAUUGCAAAGGUGCUUAGCCAAAAUAAAAUUGCAGACAGUGGAGUUUGGUAAUGUUAUAAAAAUAAGAAAUAUAUUCCUUUUAUUUUACUAAUAACUUCUAACAAAAUUUACUAGAGGAUUGGGUGACCCUGGGGUCUAUAAAAAAACAUUGAAAAUUUAAAUUUAACCGUCUGCCUGUCAUCGAUUCAUAAUUAUGAAGAAAUACACAGAAGACGAUAAAUAAAUUUUAAUUUUUUAAUGUUUGCGGUAGGCGCCCUGAAUUUUCAUGAAUAUCGGUGAUAUUUGUAAACUUAUAUGUAUUAUCGUGGAUAAUGUUAAUGUUCAAGCAUUCAAGGCCGUGAUAGCUGUAAGAUAGUUAAGAAGUGCUUGGAGCACUUGCAAUUUACACAUACGUACGAAUAUUAGUUAAUAGUUGCCUAUCACAAACUAGAGUAAAUGUUACGUACCUUUAUAUACCUAAAUUGUGCAAAUCGAUCUUUUUGGCUGAAUUUUAAUAAUUGUUAAUCUAAACACCUGAUUCAAAAGUAUCAUCACCAACGUCAUCAAUAUUAAACUCUGUUGUAGUUGGACCACAGGUUCUAUUUUCAUCAGGCCUUUUUUAAAUUGAUAACAGUAUUGUUCAUAAAAGCCAUAAAACCGACGUAUCGUAUAAUCACCCUUUAUUAAGUUUUCAAUAGCACUGUGACAAUUUGUAUAAGAAUGUCCAAUUUAUGUAUUUAAUUAGAGAGCCUAUUCAUAUAAUUCCAUUCGAUUCAUGAAUGCGGAACUGUUCUUAAUUAAUUUUCAUUCGCUUCGUAUUUCACAUCAACAUUUGUUGGGCAUAAUCCGAAGGCGGUCUCUUUGUGCAGAAUUCCAAUUUAACAUUUGGUCAAAUUCCACACCCAAAUGUCAGCUUUUUUUCUGAAUUUCAUUUGUCCGAGACGUAAUAUUUGCCUGUUUACUAAAAUAAAGCUUUUUUACCACAAGGAUUUUUCUGGAUUUGUUAUUGAGGCCUGCCAAGCGGUUGUUGCAAAAAAUCUGUGGCAUAGUACGUGGUUUUUGAUAUAGUACUUUAACCAAAUAUAUAAUAUAACGUACAUUUAUACGGGAUAAGACAGACACUGGGUCAAUAGUAACGUUUGCAGGGAUUCCUGAUAUUAGUAAAAAAAUGAUAAAAUGCAGUCAAAAGGAUCGGUAGCAUCUAGUUAUUAUAAUCGACCAGGAUUCGGUAAAUAAAUCAUAAACAUGUUUUAAUAGUUGGAUAACAGCAUUUAUUCGAAUGUUAACUUCAAUACGUUUCCAGUCCAUUAGCAGAACUUUCGGGAAGUUUACACCAAGAAGAUUUUCUUUUUUUUUCUUUUUUUACUUCGAUAACAACGUCUACAAAUAGAAAAUAGUCCACGUGAUUGAUGUAGGUAAACAUCUUUCACAUUUUUUGGAUCACUUUCAAUGAUACGCAAGAUCAUAUCAAAAUAAAAUCAAAGGCAUUAAAGAUAUUAAUUUAAAUCAAUCUCAUUGAGCGAAUAUGCAGAAGCAGCCGAUGUAGCUGAUGUUCCAGCACAAAGUUUACCAAAGUUUUGAACAUCAACAAGUAUGCAACAACAACAAACAUUUUCAUUUACAACAGACUCAUAGCUUCCCGAACAGUUCGAUUAAGUAUACAAAAACAAUCGAUAUAGUUUGUACAUAUAGCGAGCAUAGUAUUAACAUUUUUGUAUCUCAAAAGUUACGGUAUAAAAUCACUAGAUACACAUAUCAUGGCACUCUUUCAUUCUUGAUGUUACUUUACUUGUAAAUAAAUAUACUUAUCAUAGUUACUAAUUAAGGGUAGAUAGAUGUGAACCAAGUGGUUUUGCUUUUAAAUGCAAUGUUUUGUUACUUAUAUUAAGGGUAAUAAGUUUGUUUGUCACAAUUGGGACGAUAAAUUGAAAGUACGCGUCUAAACUCAGGGACCCUCGGUGUUUUAUAUAAAAUUGUUAUUGAUAAAUAAAACAUUUAAAUUAGACUGCUUGUAAUUUUAUUGGUUUCAUUCAUAUCGAAAAUGUUUGUUUCAGAUUUUAUUGUACGCAUAAAAUGCAAUAAUUUUAAAAUAAAAUGUAGAUAGCACGAUACUGUUUAUAAAAAUAUUUGUAUAUACUUUUAGGCUUGUAUGAUUUACAUAAUUUAUACCCAAAUAAUUUUAACUGUACCAAUUAGAUUCAUAUAAAUUAAUGUUAAGUCUCGUAGUGAUUGAAAUUUUAUUUAAAUGUUUUAUGAAGUUUAUACUUUGCCACGAAAAUGGUUGAUAGCGAAAAUGGAGCUAGAGGACCACAAAAAGUGCUCGAUUAAUAUUUAUAAUUUGUUUAAAUCUAGCAAAAUGCUGGAAUUCUUGAUUCGAGCUGAGGCAUUUGAGACUAAUUUUUCUAUAGGUACACAGCUAAAUUCACAUUGGCCAUGUGAUGUUUCUUGUAGAAAAGGAAAUGACGAACGCGUCAAAGAUGUAUCUGCAUCGUCGAUCGAUAAAAUCAUUAUGUCUUGAACUUUUUUUUUACGGAAAAAAACUAAUUGACAUUUUCAUGGCGCAUAUCAGACUCUGAUAAAUUCAGAUUAUAUCAUAUUUGGAGUAUUUUAUUUAUUCUGGCUUUUGCAUCAUGGUGUCAAGGUGGCUCAUUAAUCUGACACUAAAAUAAAUUACAUUGUUAAACACUUAUUUACUUAAAUAAAAUAAAAUCAUAGUUCAAUUUAACAACAUGGAAUGAAAAACAGUAUGACUUUUUGCUUAUGUUGGUUUUGAAUCCUACAUUGUUAAAAUGAAUGCACAAGGCCUAUUUUGGCAAAACAUGGCCCAAAAACUAGUUUAGUUACCUAUGCACAAAGGGUAAACACCAAACUACGUUUAUUUUAUGUACGUUUACCUACAUUGUAUGAAACAAAAUAUUUUCCAUUUAUUUAGUAGAAAAUGUUGAUUGCUAUUCGGUUUCAAAUAUUAAAAUACCUAUUUCGAGUAGGUUAUAAAGCAAGUUUAAUUAACAGUUAAUUCCAGGAAACGAAAUCGUUAAUUAACAGUAAAUUGUUACCUUGAAGUAGGUACCUAACGAUAUUGGUAAUUUUCGUUUUAUACAGGAACGUUUAUAAAAUUAUUGAAUGAACAUAACUGUAUAAGUACUUAUUAUUGUAAUUUAUUUUUAAAUUGCUUUUCUUCAACAAAGUUUAUAAAGUUUGAAGGGUAUAUUUGAAACUUCUGGGGUGUGAUGUUUUGACCUACGAAAUUAUAAUAAAUACGUACUUAAUAAUUAGAUCUGUGAACAAUUCCAGUUUUGAAAUAUUGAAAAUAUAUGUUUAUUAGUUUGUGAAGCAAUCUCAGGAAGAAUGGGUGAAGACAUUCUUGCCCGUAAAUUCCGAACUAAAAUAAUGUAGGUACCUUCUAAGAUAUUAUAUCCAGGAAAAUCUUGUUGAUUUUAUAAACCAUUUCGAUUAUGAUAUGACAGACUGUGAGAUUUAAAAAGGGCCUUCAGUUUUCGGGCGAAUUCAGACGUAAGGAUAGAGCGGUUUCGCACACUUCGUCGGAUCGGAAUCCGAUCCAAACCGACCAAAUCGAAUCUCCGUCAUCCGAUUCCUUGGAAUUUGUGAGCAAAUUAUCACAUAGGUAAAUAAUUCUACGGCUAUUGCCAUAUUUUCAGGGGUUCUGGUGAGAUUUGGAUCGGACUAAUUGUCAAGGACUUGUCUUAUUCCUGUAUUAUUACUUUAAAAUCGGAAAGCCUUUUCCAUUCACGCACUGUAUCUAAAAUAAACUUUUGUGAUAACUUUUUUAACAUUUUGUUAUGGAGUUUGGCUCCAGAAGUUGCAAAAACUCCCGAGCGAAGUUUUGUUCCGAAUCACGAGCAAUGCUAGGGUAAGGCUUCACAGUGAGUAAACAGGGCUUGUAUUUUAUUGUAUAGCGUCUAUAUAUACAUAUACAAUUUUAAAAUACAAAAACAAAUUAUUUGAAAUAUUGUUCAUUAAACAUGUGACAUUA